UUGGUGACGGAUGCGUCCACUUCCGUUACAGUUGUCAACAGAAAAGGAGUACGCGUGUUGUAAUAGUGAAAAUGCCGAAGGUUCAGAAAGGAAGAGCGGAGAAGGUUGUUCACCCGUUCAGCAGGAAAGCUGCUUACCUCGCCCGAGAAGAAAUCAGACUGAAAAAGAAAGAAAGGCAGAAGACUGACAAAGCAACACGUCUGAGCAGCAUUGGUGAGAAGCUGUUGUGGUUUCAGGGACAGUUGGAUCCAGAAAAGACCGCUUACACCAGGAAAGAUGCUUGUGACGUCGUUGAAAGGUACCUCAAAAGGUUUGAUUCUGAACUGGAGCAGAUUGAGCUGAUGAACGGCAUCAAAGGUCGGCAGGGUCGUCUCCAUGGUGCCAGAGAGGCUGUCAUCAAACAGACGAUCGAGCGAGAGCGAGCGCAAUAUGAAGGCACUGGAUUUGAGAUCCCAGACAUCAUCAAUGCAAAGCACCUGAAAACAUUCAAGGAGUGGACCGGUGACCUGAAGAAACUUCCAAAUAUCAAACUGCGAAAGGUGUCUAACAAAGGUUCGGACACAAAGCAUGAAGAGGAGGAGAAACAUGAGGCAGAAGAUGAUAAUGAGAAGGACGAAGAUGACUUGGAUGAUGAGUUGGAUGAGAUGGUGCUGAUGUCGGACUCAAACUGAGGCUCUGUCGGUAUCUGAGCUCCAGUCGUCCGUUCAGGACAGCUUACUGAGGAGCUGAACAUCAGACUGGCCUUCAGCAAAUGCUUUUUAUAGACAAAUUGUGUGCGCCUGUGUGGGGGGAAAGGGCUGCUACUCCAGGACUGUCCAAAAGAUGGCGCCAAAAUCUCUGAUGGGAAACUCAACCGUUAUUCUGCUGCCCUCCUUAAAGUCUUGUUGUUUCUCAGUAACUACACACCAGUCUGUAAGGGGUUCUACAUUAAUUGUUUAUUGCACAGACAAAUAUGCAUCGUAUGUAACCUGAAUAUUCCAUUUUAUCCAAUCGAAGAUAGAAAAAUGGUUUUGACACGGAUGUUGAGUUCUCUAAUGUUGUGGUGGAUAUAAGACAGAAAAUUAAAUGCUGAAUGACGUGACGGUGACACUGGUACAAAAAAAACCCAAAUUAACCUUUUAGAAAAGUGGAAACGUGUAAACAACAGUCACCUUUUUUAGAUUGACAGGUCAGUCACUCACACACUGUGUCAAGUUGAAUGUAAAAACAUUAACAGAUGGCAACCAUGAAAGAGCUAGUUACAUCAAUGUAUAAAUAACGGGACCUUGCUGAGCAGGACCACGUAAAGCUGCAAACAGUCAAAACAAAACAAACAACUGGGUUAGUUGAGAUGUGCUAUUUUUGGAAAGAUUCAAAACUUUCCUAUGAUCAUAAAUAAAUUCGGCUUUUUUUUUGAAAACAUUA